GAUCAACUUCUCAACACUUAGAACAUAGUGACCGCUCUAUUCACGUUACUACAUUUUCACCUGAUACUACUACAAUCUUUGAAUCUGAUAUUGAACAACAAUUUUAUCAAUCUGCUGAAAUUCCUGAAAAUAUAACUAACGUUCAAUUUCCUAUACUAACUACUGAGUCCUCUUUCUCUUCAAACA